AUGAAUGCUUUAGCCGCAACGAACAGAAACUUCCGUCACGCAUCUCGAAUCCUCGGUUUGGAUUCUAAGAUCGAGAAGAGUCUCAUGAUCCCAUUCAGAGAAAUCAAGGUGGAGUGCACGAUCCCAAAAGACGACGGGACUCUUGUCUCCUACAUUGGGUUUAGGGUUCAACACGACAAUGCUCGUGGACCCAUGAAAGGAGGAAUCAGAUAUCACCCCGAGGUUGAUCCCGAUGAAGUCAACGCUUUAGCUCAGCUGAUGACGUGGAAGACAGCUGUUGCUGACAUUCCGUACGGUGGAGCUAAAGGUGGGAUUGGAUGCAGUCCUCGUGACUUGAGCUUGAGCGAGCUUGAGAGACUCACACGUGUCUUCACUCAGAAGAUCCAUGAUCUCAUCGGUAUUCACACCGAUGUACCUGCUCCUGACAUGGGUACUAACGCUCAGACCAUGGCUUGGAUUCUUGAUGAGUACUCCAAGUUUCAUGGUCAUUCCCCUGCUGUUGUCACUGGCAAGCCCAUUGAUCUUGGUGGUUCACUUGGUAGGGAAGCUGCCACAGGACGUGGUGUAGUCUAUGCCACUGAAGCUCUGCUUGCUGAAUACGGAAAAUCGAUCAAGGGAUUGACAUUUGUUGUUCAGGGUUUUGGGAAUGUUGGAACAUGGGCAGCCAAGCUGAUCCAUGAGAAAGGUGGGAAAGUGGUUGCGGUAAGUGACAUUACAGGUGCUGUUAGAAACCCUGAAGGUCUAGACAUUGACGCUCUUUUGAGUCACAAAGAGGCAACUGGAAGUCUAGUUGAUUUCAGUGGUGGAGAUGCUAUGGACUCUAACGAACUGUUAAUCCAUGAGUGUGAUGUUCUCAUUCCUUGUGCUCUUGGUGGUGUCUUGAACAAGGAGAAUGCUGGAGAUGUGAAGGCAAAGUUUAUAAUAGAGGCUGCAAACCAUCCAACUGAUCCAGAUGCUGAUGAGAUUUUGUCGAAGAAAGGAGUGAUUAUACUACCAGAUAUAUACGCAAACGCAGGGGGAGUGACGGUGAGUUACUUUGAGUGGGUGCAGAACAUUCAAGGGUUCAUGUGGGAAGAGGAAAAAGUGAACUUGGAGCUGCAGAAGUACAUGACUAGAGCCUUUCACAACAUCAAGUCAAUGUGCCAUACUCAUUCCUGCAACCUCCGUAUGGGAGCUUUCACUCUUGGAGUUAACCGUGUUGCUAGAGCCACCCAGUUGCGUGGUUGGGAAGCUUAAUUCUAUUCAGUCUUCCCUCAUAUACUCUGUUUUUUCUCUGUUUUCCCUGUUUUUUUUUUGUUUCAUUGUUGCUGAUGAUUGAUGUUCCGAAAUGGAAAAGAAAACAAAUG